AUGAGCCACCACGUCUCGAGCCCAAAGCUGCUUCUUGGCGACGACGACGAUGCCGCCAUGGUGGUCUACUGGAUGGCUGCCCUGUUUGACGACGGGGACGAAGCCAGCGCCAAGGCCAAGCGCCAGGAAGCGCUUACGCGGCGCCAAGCUGCAAUUCGCCGCCGCAACGAGCGCCGAGGGCUCGUGACAACCUCGGCACUAUCAGCGUCCCCGCAGCCGGAAGGAAAGCGCAAGAGCAACCGCGAGUCGGCGCAGCGCUUCCGCGCCAAGACCAAGCGCGCAAUCGACAAGUACCAGCGCGACCUCGCAACGCUCCAAGAGAUGUACCCGUUCUACGUGCCAACACCGUACACACCGCUGCCGAAACCAGUGUGCGAUGCGCUUCCCGGCGAGUCCAAAGACGACCUGCAGCGCCGCCGGAACGCGGUCGCUGCCGCCCACUCGCGUCAAAAGGAAGCGCAUUAUUUAGAGUACCUCAAGAACGAGGUGCACCUCUGCAGUCCGAGCUCGCUGUGCCCGUAA